AUGGAGAACUUGAGUUUAGAUAUAGUAUCAGCUGAAAUACGUUCUCGAUUGCCUAUCAAAUCCAUCUUGCAAUGCAGAAGAGUAUGCAAAGUCUGGAGAAGUCUCUUUCAGGAACCCAAGCCAGGUAUGCUUUUCACAAAAUUCCCGAGCAAUUUCGUUGGUUGUACCCAACUUUACUAUAGAGAACUAUCUUCUGCUCCUCCGAGGGUUAGCUUGAUUGGAGAUCAACAGAAUUUUCACACAAGGGUUACAAAGAUAGGCGAUAUAAAUAUUACUGUUAGAUAUUUCAGUUUAGUUGGUUCUUGCGACGGUUUGGUGUGUUACAAAACUUAUCAGCCUGUACUCCGUGGUGUGUAUAUCGAUGAGCUACGUGAUGUCAUGUACAUUUUCAAUCCCAUCAGUGGUGAACGUGUUCGGCUUCGUAAGUCGGCGCAGGUUGUUAACAUUUGUUCCGUGACGAAAUCCGGCAUUCGGGUCCAAGUCUACACUAUUGGUGAUGGCCGCGGCUGGAGAGAAAAAGAAUUUACGUAUGAUCCCUAUACGUUAAUAGGUGCUGGGGUUUAUGCUAACGGGGCUCUUCACUGGUUAAAUAUAGCAACUAAAGGGGAUAUUGUAGCCUUUGAUUUGACAGAUGAAACGUUUCGAACUCUCCCAUCACCACCUUGUCGUAUUCUUUCCAGUUCCUUCUCCAGUUCCUAUCGUAACCUUUAUCUCGGGUUAUCCACAAAAAAUAAACUUCAUCUCGCGUCGCUUGGAGGGAAUCUGUGUCUUUGUUGCAUAAAUCGUGGUGGGCGGAUGGAUAUAUGGGAAUUCAAGAAGAAGAAACCUAUGACCAUGUCUCUACGGAGUGCUCGUAACUCUUUCACUUGGAUCAAGGUGUUCAGCAAAAAUUGGGAUUUAGAGCUUUUUAACUGGAAUUGUCAACUGUCUUUAACAGAGGGUGAAAUUUUGUUAUGGCAGAAUGGCGUUUUCUCUUGUUAUGACGUUAAAAACACUUCUGCUGAGAAACUAUGGUAUGUUCAAGGUCCACAAGGGGAGGAUGUGCAAGCAAUUCCUCAUAGUAAUAGCCUUGUUUCGUUGAAAGGACUCGGAGAGGAGCUAGUUGGUUGUUAA